AUGUCAGAAGAGACAGAAGAACAAGUUCCACAAAAUAAAGUAGAACAAGAUAAAGUAGAACAAGACAAAGUAGAACAAGACAAAGUAGGGACUAUUGAUACCGAUAUACCCCCUCAAUUGAGUGCUGGGGCAAGCUCACACGAUACCAACACAUGUUCGGAUGAAGCUAAGUUUAUACCAGAAAUCGUUAAACCUCUAACUAAGGAGAUCAAACCACAAGAUAAUAUGUCAUAUGGUCUGCGCACCGUUAAAGGGUGGAAGGAAAAGCCUAUCAUGAACGUAGAGAAAUAUGAAAAGAUUAAUGUUAAAAGAAUUUAUAAACGAAUUUGUUUUAAAAAAAAAAGACAUCUAGCUGAAAGCUCACCAAAGGAAAAAUAUGGACUUGAAGAGAAAGUAGAAUGGAUUCCAAUAUAG